AUGUCUUCUAAGUGGACUAACUGGAGAGAACCUUCUAAAAACUUGCCCUCCUGUUCAACAGAAGAAGUCGAAGAUGAAUUUGUUUCUACAAAAUUUAACAAACACAAGAAGAAAAUUUUAUCGGACAGCGAAGAUGAAGAUGCUCAAGAAUAUAUCAAAGAUGAUGAUGAAGAUGUCGACGAUGCUGAUAGAGAAGGUAGUGAUGAAGAUAUCACAGCACUCUCUAAAGAAAAUUAUGAAAAUGACGAUAAUGAUGUAACGAAGAAACCAAGAGAAAAUAUUAGUAAUAAUUCUGCUGAAGAAAGUAAUGACGAGGUGCCGCUCCCAGACAGUUUUAUUCAAGACACUGAGGACUCUAAGGACACUAAGGACACUGACCUAACGGCGCCGCCCGAAGGAUUGAUAGGCGAAUUUGAGGAGCACCAGAGGAGCGCGUUGUCUUGGUUGAUCUGGAGAGAAACUCAGAAACCUCCCGGUGGCAUCCUAGCUGAUGAUAUGGGUCUAGGGAAAACCUUAACGAUGAUCUCGUUGAUAUUAAAGAGCAGAGAACUCGAUCGAAACGAUAACGAUGGGAAAACUCGACGUUCUAGUAACAAAGACAAAGGCGGUACUCUUGUAGUGUGCCCGGCAAGUGUCCUAUAUCAAUGGUCCGAAGAGCUGGUUCAAAGGACCGAAGAUGGACUGUUAUCGUUCAAUUUACACCACGGCCCCAAAAGGGAAACUAAUGCCAAAACGCUCGCCGAAUACGACGUGGUUUUCACUACGUACAAUCUGGUGAGCGGCGAAUUUGAGAAGAAAGGACCCCUGUUUAAUGUGGAAUGGUUGAGGAUAAUCAUCGACGAGGCUCAUGAAAUUCGGAAUUACAAAUCCAAAACGAGCAACGCCGUUUGCGAAUUGCAUUCGAAAUUUCGAUGGGCCGUGACGGGUACUCCUAUAAACAACAAGGAAUCUGAUAUGUACGCGCUAUUGAAAUUCUUAAGAUAUAGCCCGUUCGAUGAUUUGACCGUUUGGGAGAGAUCGAUCGGCGACAAGUCGGAAGGAGGCUACGAACGAUUGCGUACGGAAAUUAUACCCUCCAUUAUGUUGCGAAGAACGAAAGAGGAAUUAUCGAAUAUGAAACCUUUGAAGUGCGAAAUAUUUGAGUUUCCUCUAGACGCUGAAGAACACGAAAUUUACAAUAAAAUCCACUCCAAAACGUUUGCCCAAUUUCUCUCCCAGCAGGCCGAGAAGUUAGGCUUAGUUAGGGAUCUCAGAUUAAGACAGAUUUGCAACCAUCCUUCGUUGAUAAUUAAUAUGUUGAACGAAUUACAAAAUUUGUCAAUAUCGGAUGAUCAGAAUCGAAACGAUUCGCGCGAAGAUAUCAAUCGAGGUUCGAAAGAGGCCGCCAGUCAAACGGAGCCAAUGAGUUCCAAAAUGAAGAAGUUAUUCAAACUUUUAAAACUUUUAAACAAAGAUGAUAAAGCAGUGAUCGUGUCCCAAUGGCCGAGUUUCCUGCAUUUAAUAGGUCGUCAUUUGAAGGAUCCUGAAGUGAAUAUACCGUUCUGUCAGUUAGAUGGAAAAGUACCUGUAGCUGAACGACAGGAUAUCAUUGAUCAGAUUAACGACCCCAAAGGAUCAACUAAGAUCCUGUUAUUGUCUUUAAAAGCUGGAUACGUUGGUUUAAAUUUAAUGGGUGCAAAUCACUUGUUUAUUAUGGAACCUCAUUGGAACCCCCAAAUGGAAAUUCAGGCCGUUGCUAGAGUGUAUAGAUUAGGCCAAAAGAAGCCUGUAUUUAUUUAUAAACUCAUAGCUAAGAAAACCAUCGAAAAAAAAAUUUUAGAUACACAGAAAGAAAAAAUUGAUAUUGCGGAUAGCAUGUUUAUCAAGAUUUCGCAAGUUUUGAAACAAUUAUUCCAAAUGUGA